AUGUCGAAGGAGGCCCAAAAAGAUGGCCUGGGCCAUCGACCCUCAAAUGAUCUGCCUGAAUUGGCGAUUGAUGAUAGUGGGAUCAAGACCGAAGGUAUACAUGUGACCACUGCAAGCGCAGCGCUCGCCGCUGCCAUCGAGGAGCAGAAGCCCAAGAUGUUUUCUAGACAUAUGAUGCCUUUGUGGGGGAUAAUGGGAAUCUCAUAUCUGAUUUCUACAAUGAAUGGCUUUGACAGCUCCCUCAUGGGAGCCAUCAACGCCAUGAUACCAUACCAACAGUCAUUUGGUCUCUCUGGGGCCGGGUCAAGCACGGGGCUCGUGUUCAUAUCUUACCAGAUUGGGCAGAUAAUCUCGUUUCCUGCCUGUCCCCUUAUAGCUGAUGGCCUUGGGCGACGCUGGUGCAUGUUUAUUGGCUGUGCGAUCGUGUUGGUCGGCACGGCUAUCCAAACGUCAGCCCAGAACCUCGCAGCAUUCAUAGGCGGACGUGUAGUCUUGGGGUUUGGCGCAUCAAUCGCAUCAGCCGCAGGUCCUGCGUAUGCCGUUGAACUCGCCCAUCCUGCAUUUAGAGGUGUGAUGGCUGGAACGUACAAUAACUUGUGGUGGCUUGGUAAUAUCCUGGCUGGCUGGGCAACAUACGGAUCGAAUAAGCAUAUUUCAUCUUCAUGGGCAUGGAGAAUCCCUACUGUCGUCCAAGCCGGGAUGCCUAGCGUAGCCAUGUGCUUGGUUCUCUUCUUUCCUGAGUCGCCUCGUUGGUUGAUCGCCCACGACCGGGCCGAGGAAGCAUUGGAUGUCAUGGCCAAGUAUCACGGACAGGGUGACCGCAACUCUCCAAUGGUCCAGUUCCAGUACCGCGAAAUCAUAGAGCAGGCCGCGCAGUACCGAGACGAGAACCCCUGGUGGGACUACCGCGAACUCUUUAACACCCGAGCCGCAAGAUAUAGGACUACAAUGAUGGUCGCCACAUCUUUCAUCGGCCAAUGGAGUGGGAACAACGUAGUCAGCUACUUUAUGCCCGAAAUGAUCAAAACGGCCGGAAUCACCAACACCAACACUCAGCUUCUUAUUAACGCGAUAAAUCCCAUCUUCGCCAUGAUUGCGGCUAUGGUGGGCUCAUAUCAGCUUGACAGGCUUGGCCGACGAACGAUGAUGAUUUGGGGUCUUAUUGGCUCCCUUACCUUUUACAUCCUGCUCACGGCCUUCUCGGCACAGAGCGAGAACCAUCCUAAUCUGUCCUACGGAGUGAUAGUGUCGAUUUAUCUUUUUAAUAUCUGUUUUGCGUGGGGUUUCACUCCACUCCAGACUUUAUAUGCCGUCGAGUGCUUAGAAAACCGUACCCGAGCAAAGGGUUCAGGACUGAACUAUCUCUUCUUGAAUAUUGCGAUAGUCAUCAAUACCUACGGUAUCAGUGAGGGAAUAGCAAAAAUCAAGUGGAAGUUAUACAUUGUAUACUGCUGCUGGAUCGCAUUCGAAAUAUUUGUUAUUUGGAAAUGGUUCGUCGAGACUGCGGGCAAGACGCUUGAGGAAUUGAGCGUCAUAUUUGAGGCACCAAACCCGCGUAAUGAGAGCUUGAAGAAGACCAAAGCUAGAAUCGAUGCUUCUGGUAAUGUUCUUGCGAUUCAUGAAGAUUGA